CCCGCUGAAGUCUGCGCUCCAGAGAAAGCCAGAGGACAGCAGCGGGGACGGGGGGCGACACGAGACAAGAAAACACCGAAGAGAAAUGAAUGAGAAGUGAGAGCGAGGAGAAAGUCGACGGAGCGAAGAAGAAGUUAUGAGCCGAACUGCGAAUUACCGGGGAAGGUGUCCGUGAGCGGAGAAAGCCGACUGAAGGGGGGGGGUAGACAGACAACAAAGUCACAAGUCCAGUCUGAGUCCAGAGGCAGAGCUCUGAAUCCUCGCCAUGGCCGAUGUGCUGGAGAGCGGCGGGUCAGGAGCUGUCGGAGCGGUCAGCGUGGAUUGGCAGAAGCGCUGCAUUGCUCUGGAGAUGCAGCUGCUGAGGUUCCGGCUUCAGGCGGGGAAAAUCAGAGAGCUGUUGGCAGAGAAGAUGCAGGAGCUGGAGCAGAGGGUGACAGAGGCUGACCAACGGGCUGAGAGUGCUGAGAAACAGAUCCACGUCAUGGAAGAAAAGCUGAAGUCUGCAAACGUACAAACCAGCGAAUCAGAGAGCUCGUUGUACAGGAAGUAUCAAGACCUGACCAAUCAGGUUCAAGAAAAAGAUGCUGCGAUAAAGAGAUUAGAGAUGCAGCUGGAAAAACAGAUAUUAGUCAGAGCCCAGGAGGCAAAAAUUAUUGAGGAAAAGGCUGCGAAGAUUAAAGACUGGGUCACCUUUAAGCUUAGAGAGAUGGAGCAAGAGAACCAGCAGCUGAAAAUGGCCAACUUGAAGCAGACGGAACAGAUAAUGUUGCUGCAGGACAAACUGCAAUCACUCUUAGAGAAACCUGCAUCCUCAGGAUCCCCUGCCACCUCCCCUGUAAUGGAUACCCACCUGGUGCCCAACAGCCCGCUGUUUCCUCCCAGCUGCCCCGGCACACCACCUGCCCAAGAUGACAGCUGGAGACAGACAGGUCCGCGUGCUGCCGCCUCUAAUAUGAAGAUCUCGCCAACAGAUGUGAAAAGGCCUCCUGAGCAGGUCAGUAUAGGGAUUUGCCUCGGAGACCUUGAUGCUCUCUCUCAGGGCCGGAGCAGGGAGGGUCCCAGCAGCCCUGUUUCCAUCAGUAGACCAGAGCUCCCAGUAUGCGCAGAGGGUCAGGCGGGUUGCUCAGACAGGGACAACUCCUCUGAUGAGCUCAACAGCAAAUUCCGCUCUCAGUGCCUUCACUCGUCUUCAUCCUCUUCAUCUUCAUCCUCCGCUUACGAGAUGGCCCACGGAUCAAGCUCCCAAGAGUCGUCCAUCAGAAUAACACCCAAAAGCCCGCUUCUGUCGCGCUCCCCCUCUACCAACAACCCCUUCCCCAAUCCUCCCCAGCCUCUGGUUCACCAGUCAGGCACCAGCAUGACGUUACCCAAAGUACGGACCCCGCUCACCCCCAGAGACAGCAUCCAGCUGGUCAAGAAGCACUACAGCCAGCCGCAGCCCAGCCUGGACAGACUUCACCACCUCAAUGUUAACAUAGACAUCAUGACACCAUCCUCCACCUCCUCCACUCUUAAGAGCACUGGCACUACCACCUCGCCCUUCUCUCAGGUUGUGGAAGAAACAGAUAUUGAUGAUGGGCUUCCUGACAGCAUGGACGGGGUGGUGGAGGGGUCAGGAUCAGAGGAGUCAUCCCGGGAUGGAGUCUCCUUUGUGGGGCUUGCAGAGGAGCUGGAGCGGUUGGAUCCAGAAAUUCUCAAGCCACCAACGCCUCCUUUACACCGCUUCCCUUCAUGGGAGAGUCGUAUCUAUGCUGUGGCCAAGUCAGGAAUGAGAGUAUCAGAGGCCAGUCCUGGAGCCAGGGGCCCUGGACGAGGGUCCAAUUUACCCCAGUAUCCAGCGGCAGGUCCGUUCACCCAGUUGAUCUAUAAGAAUAUUAAUGUACCAGUCUACACCACACUGAAAGGGAAAGCCACUCAGAUCAGCAGUGUACCUCUACCCGAUGAUGACUCUGGGUCAGAGGACGACAGCAGCUCUCUGGCCAGUUUACGGACCUCCAUCCUGAGCCCGGACAGGAAGGGCAGCGUCCCUGGCAGCCCGCGUGCCGUCAAGAGAGGUGUGUCCAUGUCCUCCAUAAGCUCCGAAAGCGACUAUGCCAUUCCUCCUGAUGCCUACUCCCUGGACAGCGAUUACUCAGAACCAGAACAUAAAGUCCAGCGGACCUCCUCCUACUCCUGUGAAAGCACUGGGCCUGAGAUGCUGGAGAAGUCUGGCUACCUGCUGAAGAUGGGUAGUCAGGUAAAAGCCUGGAAACGUCGCUGGUUCAUCCUGAGGAAUGGAGAGAUCCUCUACUACAAAUCUCCUAGUGACGUGAUCAGGAAGCCUCAGGGUCAGAUCGAGCUCAACUCGUCCUGUCGUAUAGUACGUGGAGAAGGUGCACAGACAUUUCAAUUGAUUACAGAGAAGAAGACCUUCUAUCUGACUGCUGAUUCACCCAACAUCCUGGAGGAGUGGAUCAGGGUCCUGCAGAACAUACUCAAAGUCCAGGCCAGCAGCCCGGUCACCGUGGAGACCACUGCCAAGCCCACCGUGAGAGGUUGGCUUACAAAGGUCAAACACGGACACUCGAAGCUGGUGUGGUGUUCUUUGGUUGGAAAAGUCUUCUACUACUAUCGCAACCAGGAAGACAAGUUGCCCCUGGGUCAGCUACAGAUUCGGGAGGCGUCGGUACAGGAGGUGGAUCGCUCCUGUGAUUCAGAUGAGGACUAUGAAGCAGGAAGUCGAGGUUUCCUCUCCUCCCACUGCACCUUAGUGGUCCAGCCCAGAGACCAGAGUCCUACAUACUUGCUCAUUGGCACCAAGCAGGAGAAGGACACAUGGUUGUAUCACCUGACUGUAGCAGCCGGCAGCGGUGCAACCUUCAAGGUGGGCACAGAGUGCGAGCAGCUGAUUGGUAAACUCCUUGAUGCAGAGGGAGACCCAGAGUCUGCCUUGUGGAGGAGCGAGGCCUUGAGCUUUUGUAAGGAGGGUCUGCGCUCGCCUCUCACCACUCUGCCCUCUGAAGCUCUGCAGACAGAAGCUCUCAAGCUUUUCAAGUCCUGCCAGCUCUUCAUCAACGUGCUGGUGGAGUCUCCAUCUAUCGAUUACCACACAUCGCUGGCCCAGAACGCUUUACAGGUGUGCCUGACCCACCCGGAGCUGCAGAAUGAAAUAUACUGUCAGCUCAUCAAGCAGACCAACCACCGGACGCCACACAACUACUCCCUCACACAGUGCUGGCAGCUGUUGUCUCUCUGUGUGGCUCUGUUCCUUCCUCAACAACAUUUCCUCUGGUACCUGAGACAGUACCUACAACGCAACGCCGACCCAAGGAGUGAAGUAGGGAAGUAUGCGGUGUACUGUCAGAGGUCUGUGGAGCGAACCCUGCAGAACGGAGAGCGGGAGGCCAAACCUUCACGUAUGGAGAUCGUGUCCAUCCUGCUGAGGAACCCCUACCACCACUCACUGCCGUUCAGCAUCCCAGUCCACUUCAUGAACAACACUUAUCAGGUGGUGGGUUUUGAUGGCUCCACCACAGUCGAAGAAUUCCUCAACACACUGAACCAGAGGAUUGGCAUGAGGAAGCCUCAGCUGUCUGGGUUUGCCCUCUUCACUGAUGACCCAUCUGGCAAAGACCUGGAGCACUGCCUGCAGCCGUCUGCCAAGAUCUGUGAUGUCAUUUCCAAGUGGGAACAGGCCCUAAAGGAGUUGCAUCCUGGGAAAAACGAGGGGACACGGAUUGUUCGACUGACAUACAAGAGCAGACUGUGUUUCAGAUCUCAGGUGAAAGGAGAGACAGAGCGUGAGCGCCUCCUGCUGGCGUACCAGGUGAAUGAUGAAGUUCAGCAAGGCCACUUCCCUGUGAACAAAGAGCUGGCUCUUGAGGUGGCUGCCCUCAUGGCACAGGUUGAACACGGUGACUUGGAGCGAUCAGCUGCCUCUUCUCCUGCCAGUUCUUCUCAGCCUAAAUCUCAGCUGAUUCUCCUGCAGGCCUUGGAGCGCUUCUACCCCAAACGCUACAAGCAGGACUGCAGCUCAGAGCAGCUCAGAGACCUUACUGAGCGUCUGGCCACUAAGUGGUCUUUGCUACGUGGGUGCAGUGCAUCCGAGUGUGUGAGAAUAUACCUAACUGUGGCUCGGAAAUGGCCCCUGUUUGGAGCCAAACUCUUCAGUGCGAAGCCUGUCCCCCCCUCUCCUGUUGAGCAGAGCCAGGUGUGGCUGGCAGUCAAUGAGGAUGGACUGUGUGUGCUGGACUAUACAAUGCACACGCUGGCCACACACCCCUACCAGUCGGUGAUCACUUUCGGUGGCUGCCGUGACGAUUUCAUGGUGGUCACGAGCCAGCAGAGGGAGCCCGGGGUCGGGAAGAAGAGCGUGGAGAAGCUGGUCUUUGCAAUGGCUAAACCAAAGAUACUGGAGCUGACUCUGCUCAUGGCCAGUUACAUUAACCACUGGAACCCCAGCCUCCCGUCUGCCUCGCACCAGCCCCUCGGCCACUGGGACGUAGACAGCAGGCACUUCCCCGCCAUGAACUACACCACCAAGGGCCCCACACUACUGUGAAUUCUGCAAGUGACAGGAACAGUGAAUACUACAGGGAGGCCUGAUGACAGCAGUUACCUUUAAGUCUGCACUCACCUGGAUUGGGUUGUGUGCGUGUCCAGGUUUCUCAUUCUUACAGAACAGGUACUGGGAGAUUAUUGUUUUUUCUUAUGAAGAUUUAAAUAUAGAAAUGUUACGGUUCAGUCUCGUUAGGCUAUUUAUUUCGACAACAAAAGAGUGUUUCUGCUCUGCUUAAAUUAGAUGUAAGGACACGUUCAAAUUCAUAGUUGAAAAUGGACGUUAUUACUGGUUGCCACUCGACACACAUCAUUCAUUUUCCAGCCUUCAAGAUCUGAGAUUCUUUCAAAUAAUAAAAAAAACAAAGCUGUUGCCUGAGAGCCUGGCAGGCUGAAAUACAGUGUUUGUUUGUCAUUGUCAUUAUUCAGUGAAUUUUCACACAUACUUGACACUGAACCAGAUUCUAAAUACAUCUAAGAGGUACUGUGCAAUUAGAAAGGGACGGAUAGGGUAUGCAAAAUGCUGAUUCAUAGAUUUUAGUGUCUUAAUUUGAUAUAAUCCACAUCUAAUAUUACUCUAAUUUAGGGCUGCAACUAACACUUUUUUUAAUCAAUUAAUCUGAUGAUUUAUUUUCCCCAUUUAACCUAUGACUCCUGUAGUCCAUAAAAUAUCAGAAAAUAGUAAAAUAUCCACAUUUGAUUUGCUGGAACCAGGGAAUUUUUGGUAUUUCUAUUUAAAAAAAAAAAAAAAAGACUUCAACAA